UCAAACUGUCAUUUAACCCCCUCUUGCGCGGCGAAAGGACGACCGCGUUUAUACAGGCUUUAAGCGGUUGUUUGUCCGUUAUUCUCACAGUCGCAGCAUGUAAACGAACUUGUCACUACCCAGAGAGCCUGGAGAUAAUGGCGUGAUGAUCUUCGAUUUACUUCCGAAGGGUAGCCUUGCCUACUAGCUAAAAUGUAACUAGUUUGAGCGGUCAGUUGCGAAACAACACAAAGGGCACGAGCAGUCCACUGCGCGUUUGACUGUGACUUAUAUGGGGAUUUUUUUUAAGACAGCAGACUUUUUACCAUCACCUAUUUGGCUCGUGAUAGAUCGUGACUCGUCUCCCGGUGGAUGUAACGGAGAGCGGAGGGCUGGUCGGUUUCAGCGGGCGCACUGCGCGGAGACUGGCCAAGUGCGCCAAGUCAAAAUCACCAUCCUCACCAUCCCAUGUCCCGGUGCCUUUUACACCUCAUGAUGGAGUUGUUGACAGAGAUGUUUCUACUCGGAAUGUUAUUGGCCGUAUUCCUUUCAGGUGCGGCACCCUCCCUGCCUAAGACAAACUGUCUGGAGGCAAAGCAGGUCUGCCUGGCUGACCCCCAGUGCGAAGCCUUCUACCAGACCCUGGAGGGAUGUGCGUCUGACCGGGCAGCGUCCUUGCCUGGCAGUGAGGCCCGUCUGGAGUGCCUGGAGGCCCUGGUUGCCCUGCACAGCGACCGACUCCUGCUGGGCUGCAAGUGCCACAGAGGCAUUCGCAAAGAGGAGCACUGCCUCAAGGUCUACUGGAGCCUCCACUUCCUGCAAGAAGAUGAUGAGCAAGAGUCAUCUCCCUACGAGAUUCCGCCUUUCCAGAUGUCUCGCAUGGCCUCCAUAGUGGCAGACACUACCCUCCCCCUGGACGGUCAGAACCAGUGUCUGAAGGCAGCGCAGGACUGCGGCCUGUACGAGAAGUGCGGCGCGCUUCGCUCCGAGUACGUCCUGGCGUGCACCAAGCGCAUUGCGGGCACUGACCACUGCAACCGGCAGAAAUGCCACCGGGCGCUGCGGCGCUUCCUGGAGCGCGUGCCCGAGGAGUACAGCCUGGGCCUGCUCUUCUGCCCCUGCACGGACACGCUGUGCGGCGAGAGGCGCAGGAAAACCAUCGUGCCCUCCUGCUCCUACCAGGAGAGAGACACGCUCCAGCCCAACUGCCUGCACCUGCAGAGCUACUGCCAAAGGGACGAGCUCUGCAGGUCCAGACUGGCUGAUUUCAAGCUCAACUGCCAGCCCUCGGGUCUGUCCCCCUCCGGCUGUGUGCGAGAGAAUGGCGCUGCGUGCCUCAAAUCUUACGCCGGACUCAUCGGCACCUUCAUGACCCCUAACUACGUCACCAACAACAGCAUGGCCGUGUCUCUGUGGUGUGACUGUGACAGUAGUGGCAACCACUUGCAGGACUGCCUGAGGAUACAGCACAUGUUUACCAACAACCCCUGUCUCAGGAACUCCAUCAGUUCCAUGGGUAGCUUUGCCCCUCGCCCUGUGGAGAGCACGCCAGUCAUGCCCCCUCACCUUUCCCCACUGGACCACCAGGAAGAACUCAGCAACAAUGCCCUUCCUGAACUCCACUCUGUAAAGGAGAGCGAGGAAAUGGUGGGUGUGGAGGAAGACGACCAGGAUCAGGAUCAGGAGGAGGAAGGGGGUCAGUUUGACGUGAUCCCCCUGUAUGCUGAGAAGGCCACCGUGGCCAACCUGGGGUCCGGGGCCGGGGGGGCCUCCCUCCUGGCCCCUGGUCCCCUUCACUCCCUGCUGCUGCUCCUUCUGCUGCUCUCUGCCUGCCUGAGCUGGGGCUAGAGGACAAGGGGGGGGGGGACCCCCUUUGAACAGCCAACAGCCCCAAAACGCACACACAGACUCAGAGACAGGCACACAGAGAGAGAAAGGAGAGAGAGAGAGAUCGAAAGGAGGGAGGGUUAUAAACUGAACCUCUCUUAUUCCUUGGCCAUCUCUCCAUGUUCCCUUGCUCCCCCCCCCACACUUUUUCUUCUGAGACGGUCUGUUUUUCCUUGUGUCUUGCAAUGCCAUCCAUACCUCCCCACUUACCCCUGUGAUCACGGAAUGGUUGGGCCCGAUAAAGACUUAUACAUAUUAGACUGGUAUGGGUUUGGACCAACUGUGCAGUAACACUAGGGGAUGUUUAAUGUACAAGUAAUUUAUUGGUGAAUAUAAGUGCCAGAAUACCUUGAGUGUAAUUUGACUUCAGUGCAUCUCACAGCCCUCAACCCAUAUACUUUGACUUUGCAGUGAUGGACAAGGACCCACACACACAUACACAGUUGAUGACACACAGUGAGUGGGCUUGCUAGAUAUCUAAGCUAAUUUGCCAUUUCUACAAAUAAACCAAGCGUAACCGUCCCGUGAAGACGCAUCACGUGUGUGCGUGCCCGUGCUUAAAGAGAUUACGAAGCAAACUGCAGAAAGCUUUUCAUAUUAUCUCAUCUCCCACCUCAUUCUUAGUCUUGUCAGCAGUCAUGCUCACGUGCACACGCACACACACAAACACACACACACAAACACAGACAUGCCGGCCCAUCAUUCGAUCCAGCAGAGGCAAGCGCCUUGGCGCCUUUAUUGCUCUAUCUGUGUCUCUAUCUGCUUUCUUGUGACUCAGCAUAGAUAUGGUAGAAUGACCACAGGGAUAAAUACAAAUAAAACAGUCAUAAUAAAACAAUAUGAGUUAUAAAGUGGAAGGAAAUAAAGUCAAAUGAGUUCUGGUCAGGUGCAAACCCUAGUCUGGGGUUGAUGCUUGCAGGCAGAAAAAGAUGGAGAUGGAGAGACUAAAGGAGAGCGAGAAAGAGAGUGAAACUGAGCGAAGAAGAGAGAGACAGAGAGAGUGAAACUGAGCGAAGGAGAGAGAGAGAAAGAGGAGGAGACAGGCGAUUUUACAAUGUGAGGUCUUUCUCAUAGUGUUUUAGUUGUUUUAGUCAGAGGGCGAUAAUAGGCCGUGCCGUGAACUCUUUAUCUUCCAGUGGACUCGUGGGGGCUGCUAGUGAGAGAGAGGGAGAGAGACAAAGACAGAGAGAGGGAGGAGAACAAAAGCGAAGGAGAGACCCUCCAGCGCAAAUAUACCAUAGAGAAUCGCAGGCUCUCCAUUUUCUGUCUUAUAAAUCUUUUGCUGACACUAAUGUUUUUUUUCCCUGCGUUUCUUGUUCUUUCCUAUUUCGGAGGGAACGUGUAAAAUUAACUUCCGUCCGGAGGGGCUGGAGAUUGUGGUCGGUGGGGGGAGGGGGUUAGUGGUUGGUGGGCGGCAUGGCUACAGUAUGUCUUCAUCUCUCUCUUUCUAUCACAUUCCCAAACAAUCAUAUUGAAACACAAACACACAUACAAAGCUGUCCAUCUAGCCGAGGGAAAACAUCCCUUAAACAAACUAUAUGUCAAUCAUCCCCGACUUCUACACACACACCCCUCCCCCAUUAAUAACACGUUUACCUGCCACCCUGUCCCUCCAUUCUGUGAAACAGCCACUUCAGUGGCAAGGUCAGCUAGUCGACCACAGAACCUCUCCGGAGGUUAAUUGAGAUCAGCGAGGGUAGUGGGUGUUUGAUUGAUGUGGCUGUCGGACCCGCAUUGGGCCUUUUACGAUGCCUGUUGUUAUUUUUUAAUUGUUGUCUCGGCCGUUUGUCGUUGGCUGACAUUUCACUACAGCGAAGGGCCGAACAGAGAGAGAAGAGGGAGAGGAGAGCAGAUACCAAUGAUUUACAUCAAUAUGCCUGAAAUAAAUAAGUCGAGAAGCCAUGCGUUAAAUCAGCUAACACAGAGAGAAUGUGCGAGAGAGAGAUAGAUUGAGGGAGGACUACAAGAAGGAAGGAGAGAGUGGUGGAGAGAGAUAGAUUGUGGGAGGAC